UCCGGAGUGCGCAUGCGCCUGCGCCUGGCGGGAGUUUUCCGCCAACAUGGCGCUGCAGCCGAAGGCGUCGCUGAGCCUGGACGGGCCGGCCGAGCUGGGCUUCGUGCGCUUCUACCUGUCCAUGCCCGACAAGCCCGCCACCACCGUGCGCCUCUUCGACCGCGGCGACUACUACACCGCGCACGCCGAGGACGCCCUCAUGGCCGCCAGGGACGUCUUCAAGACCCAGGGCGUCGUCAAGAUGCUCGGGGCGCCCGGUGCCAAGAGGCUGGAAAGCGUGGUGCUCAGCAAGAUGAACUUCGAGGCCUUCGUGCGCGACCUCCUCUUGGUGCGGCAGUAUCGCGUCGAGGUCUUCAAGAACAAGGCGGGGAGCAGAGCCGCCAAGGACAACGACUGGCACCUGGCCUACAAGGCGUCCCCGGGCAACCUCUCCCAGUUCGAGGAAGUGCUCUUCGGCAACAGCGACUCGUCCACCUCCAUCGGCGUGGUGGGCGUCAAGCUGUCGACGGUCGACGGCCGCAGGUGCGUGGGCGUCGGCUACGUGGACUCGACCCGCAGGAAGCUGGGCCUCUGCGAGUUCGCCGACGACGACCAGUUCUCGAACCUCGAAGCGCUGCUCGUGCAGAUCGGACCCAAAGAGUGCGUGCUCCCGGGCGGGGACGCGGCGGGGGACAUGGGGAAGCUGAGGCAGGUCGUCCGGAGGGGGGGAAUCCUCACCUCGGACCGGAAGAAAGCCGAAUUCGCCACCAAGGACGUCGUGCAGGACCUGAACCGCCUGCUCAAAGCCAAGAAGGGGGAGGCGGUGAACAGCGCCGCCUUGCCGGAGUUGGAGAACCAGGUUGCCAGCGCCUCCUUGUCAGCUGUAAUCAAGUAUCUCGAACUCUUAUCCGAUGACUCCAAUUUUGGACAGUUCGAAUUGAUGACUUUUGACCUCAGCCAGUACAUGAAACUGGAUAACGCGGCCGUCCGAGCCCUGAACCUCUUUCAGGGUUCAGUGGAAGACACCAGCGGCUCCCAGUCGUUAGCUGCCCUGCUCAACCGCUGCAAAACUCCUCAAGGGCAGAGGCUGGUUAAUCAGUGGAUCAAGCAACCGCUUCUGGAUAAGAACAGGAUAGAGGAGAGGCUGAAUCUGGUGGAGGCUUUCGUCGAAGACGGGGAGCUGAGGCAGACGCUACAGGAAGACCUCCUCCGCCGGUUCCCGGAUCUCAACCGGCUGGCCAAAAAGUUUCAGAGACAGGCGGCCAACCUGCAAGACUGCUACCGGAUCUAUCAGACCAUCAAUCAGUUGCCUGGUGUCAUCCAGGCCCUGGAAAAGUAUGAAGGAGCACAUCAGAUGUUGCUGCUGGCAAUCUUUGCCACGCCGCUGAGCGAUCUCCGUUCCGAUUUCUCCAAGUUUCAGGAAAUGAUCGAAACGACGCUAGACUUGAAUCAGGUGGAAAACCAUGAAUUCCUCGUCAAGGCCUCCUUUGAUCCUAACCUGACGGAGCUGCGGGAGACGAUGAACAGUUUGGAGGAGAAGAUGCAGUCCGCCCUCGCCAGCGCCGCCCGCGAGCUAGGGUUGGAAGCAGGAAAAAGCGUUAAACUGGAGUCCAACGCACAGAUGGGGUUUUACUUCCGAGUGACCUGCAAGGAAGAAAAAUCUCUCCGGAACAACAAGAAGUUUAACACGUUGGACAUCCAGAAGAACGGCGUCAAAUUCAACAACAGCAAACUGAGCUCCUUGAACGAAGAGUAUACCAAAAGCAGAGAAGAGUACGAAGAAGCCCAGAAUGCCAUCGUUAAGGAAAUUGUCAACAUUUCUUCGGGCUACGUGGAGCCCAUGCAGGCCCUGAACGACGUCCUGGCCCAGCUGGACGCCAUGGUCAGCUUCGCCCACGUGGCCACCAGCGCUCCCGUCCCCUACGUCCGCCCGACCAUCCUGGACAAGGGCCACGGUCGGCUGGCGCUCAGGGGCUGCAGGCACGCCUGCGUCGAAGUCCAGGACGAGGUGGCCUUCAUCCCCAACGACGUGGUCUUCGAGAGGGGCAGGCAGACGUUCCACAUCGUGACAGGCCCCAAUAUGGGAGGCAAGUCGACGUACAUCCGGCAGACGGGCGUGGUGGUCCUCAUGGCCCAGAUCGGGUGCUUCGUCCCCUGCGAGGCCGCGGAGGUGUCCAUCGUCGACCGCAUCCUGGCCCGCGUCGGGGCCGGCGACAGUCAGCUCAAGGGCGUCUCGACCUUCAUGGCGGAGAUGUUGGAGACGGCCUCCAUCCUCAGGUCGGCCUCCCGGGACUCGCUGAUCAUCAUCGACGAGUUGGGGCGGGGCACGUCGACCUACGACGGGUUCGGGCUGGCCUGGGCCAUCUCCGAGUACAUCGCCACCCGCGUCGGGGCCUUCUGCCUCUUCGCCACCCAUUUCCACGAGCUGACGGCCCUGGCCGACCAGCUGCCCGCGGUCAACAACCUGCACGUCACGGCGCUCACCAGCAACGACACCCUGACGAUGCUCUAUCGCGUCAGGCCAGGGGUGUGCGACCAGAGUUUCGGGAUUCACGUAGCGGAGCUGGCCAGCUUCCCCAAGCACGUGAUCGAGAGCGCCAAGGAGAAAGCCCUGGAGCUGGAGGAAUUCCAGAACAUCGGAAAACCGCGGGAGUCGGAUGAAUCCGAGCCCGCCGCCAAGAGAUGCUACCGGGAGAGAGAGCAAGGCGAAAAGAUCAUCCAGGACUUGCUGUCCAAGGUGAAGGCGUUGCCCUUCCCGGAGAUGUCCGAGGAGGACAUCCGCACCAAGCUGAAGCAGCUGAAAGCCCAGGUGGUAGCCCAGAACAACGGCUUCGUCAACGAAAUCAUCGCCCGCGUCAAGGUGUCUUCCGAGACCCGCCUCCCCAGAGCCCCGGCCCCGUAGCGGCCGUCGUCUUCCCGAGUCACGGGGCGAUCCGCGCUUCACCCCGCCUUUUAUCGUUCUGUACAUAGCGACCUCCUUGCCCGUCGGCCGGAAGGCAACACUCCCCCCGACCCAGAGUAAUAAAAAGUGGUUCACGGAAA